AUGAACGCCAAGGACUUACCGUACGAGCAGACCUUGCCCGUGCUGUCUCGGCCGGCUGCUUGGGCCGAUCCGAUCCACUCCCCUUAUGCUGCCAUCCACUUCGAUUCUACGAACCCUGUACAGACGACACAGACACCUCUAGCUCCAGCCCCUUCAGCCCUUCCAACCCCUUCAUCUACUGCCCUUCCAACUCCUCCUCCUACAGCUCCCAGUCGCAAAACAACCAGGGUACGCAAACCUCGUAAAAAUACCAACAAUGGGUCUGCGGGGAAAUCGACGUUAUUCUGGGUCAACAGUGAUCAGCAAACUGCAGCGGCAGGCACAACGGAUGAGACCUUGAAGCGGAUCCGGUCCCAUGUUAUGUCCGAGCAUAAUCGCAAGAAGCGAAUGGAAAGCACGGAACAGUACAAUAAGAGCAAAUGGAAGCACUCGCCUUAUCGGCCACCGACGAACCCCGGGGCACUCGUACCUGCCGAGCAUCUCUAUCCGUGCAUCAACUCGUCUACCAGCUUAUCCGGAAGUCAAAUUUCAAAUGAACAAGAGCUAGAACAGGUCGAGGAGCUUGCUACGUCAACAGCUGUGGGAUACCCUGAUACGCAAGCUGCAACAUAUGACUGUGGCUUUGGGUCAGCAUGGUCUUACGUGGGACAAGGAGCCAAUGAUCCUUUUCAUACUGGACAUACGCAGCUCACAGAUAGAAUGAUGCGACACCUUCGAGUCUUCCUCUGGGAUCUGACACAAGAAGCACAUCCAUUGCAAACGCGGUAUAAACCCAAGUUGCAGGCGCAUUGGGCGUCUUUGAUUCAGCGCGACCCGGCAAUUUUGCAUGCAACAAUUUGUAUGGCUACUUCCAAUGACGCUAUGCGGGCAGGCGAGCUACCCAUUCGAGAUCCAAAUCAAAAGCGGAGUCAGUUGGUGAUCGACACGUUCCACCAUCGUGGGGAGACUAUUCGAUUGGUCAACGAGGGCCUGUCAGACCCGGUCAAGGCUUCAAGUGAUGCCCUCAUUGCUGCAGUUUCUACCUUAUUGACAAUCGAAAUCGCGUCGGGGAAUCCCGAUUAUCUCAAAAUCCACCUGGCAGGUUUGCGACAGAUGAUCGCACUGCGAAAGAACUUUGAUGAUGUUCCUUCAGACGUCCGGUUCCAGAUCUCAUGGACUGAUAUCCGAGUUGCUUGCAUGGCCCACGCCAAACCUAUAUUCCCCUUUAUCCGCUAUGCCCGUCCAGCGCGUCUCUCUCUCAUCCCACCCAAUGACGACGUAGCAUUACUUUCCACCCGCCUCUUCCCUCUACUCAAAAUACCCGGCGUCUUUGGCGAAGCCAUGUCGCAAAUCGUUUACGAUCUGCUCGAGCUGUCCUGGUACGCAGAAUGGAUCAAAGGCAACACCGGGUACAAAGAGUUCAACGAGGAAACCGAGGACUACUUCAAUACGGAAGUGCUGCACGUAGAAUACCAACUGCACACAGACCGAUAUACAGCAACAGGCCAGGUAAAGGGCGACAAUACCAUCGAAGGCUGCACCCGUCUCGCUUUACUUCUAUUCCACAAUAGCGCCAUCUGGAAUUUCUAUCCAAUGGUCGGCCAGUUGCUACCCAAGCCGAUUCAGGCUCUACGCAUUGCCCUUGAGGCAACUAUCCCCUCCGGCUUAUUCGCGCUCUGUCGCGACCUGCUCCUCUGGCAGCUUUUCAUGGGCGCAGCUUGCAGCUUAACCAUGCCGUCAGAGCGGGCUUUCUUUGUAUCUGAACUGGCCAAUGCUGCACGGCUACAGGGAAUCCGCUCAUGGCAGGAGGCCCGUGCUAUCUUGCUAGGCUUUUUCUAUGUCGAUCGCAUUCACCUGCCUAUGCUUCGUCAGAUUUGGGAUGAGUGUCAUUUGCAGGUAGACCCGGCAGUAUGA